AUGUCUUCCUACCAAAGCAUCAACAGGAUCGUACAGCGUACUGGCCGCCGCUCGUAUAUCGCUGGCGCGCGCAGUCAGCAUGUACUUAUUCGUCCACCUCUUUCACGCUUCGCAGGCCACCGACCUUCCGCCGUAGAUACCACUCUUGCCACUCAGCUAACCGCCUCGGCGCGCGGCAGCCGUCUCAUGCAUAUACGCGCCAUCUCCUUCAACUCGGUCCCUAAAGCUGCCUUCCGGGCCGCACGUCUUCCCGCUUACGGUAUCGCUGCAGGCGGAGGCGCGCUCGCCUAUGCCAACUACAAGGUCGACGAGUUCAAGGACCUACUCGGUCGCUCGUACGGACGCCUCUCGGAUCGCGCCAAGGAGGCAUACAACGGUCUGUCAGAAAUCGGUGCCGAAGCACUCGACAGCGCAAGAGACGGUUGGGAGGCGCUCUCGGAGCAGAUGGACGGCAUCGAGCUGCCCAAGCUGCAAACGCCCGAGUUUCUGCGCAACUUUUUUGUCAGUCUCAAUUCGAGCCAAACGGAUGCAGAUGGACAUGAUCAGUCCAAGACGAGCGGUGGUGGAGGGCCCGAUCCCAACGGCGCGCCUCAGCUGGCUGGCGCAGCUGCAGUCGCUGCUUCUUCUCUCUUUGGUGACGAAGAUGCGUCCAUCAAUUCGACCGACGCUAUCGCCCAGGGCAGUACCGAAGAACUCAUGCUCCUGACGCGGAAACUCAUCGAAGUUCGCAACAUUCUCAAGGAGAUCGAUCACGAAUCUGACCAGCUCACGCUUCCUUCGAUCGUUGUGAUCGGCUCGCAAAGCAGCGGAAAGAGUUCGGUCCUUGAGGCCAUCGUCGGUCACGAAUUCCUGCCCAAAGGCAACAACAUGGUCACCCGCCGACCCAUUGAGCUGACCCUUAUUCACACCACCACUCAGCCUGGACGCCCAACCAAAGAUACCGUAGUCGAAUAUGCCGAGUUCCCCGGCUUGGGCCUGGGCCGCAUCACCGACUUUUCGCACGUUCAAAAGACACUCUACGAUCUCAACAUGGCCGUCCCGGCCUCCGAGUGUGUCAGCGACGAACCCAUCGAACUGCGCAUCCACAGUCCUCACGUUCCCGACCUGACGCUUAUAGAUCUCCCUGGCUACGUUCAAAUCGCAAGCAUGGACCAGCCCGAUGAGCUACGCGAAAAGAUCCAGAAACUUUGCCAUAAGUACAUCCAGGAGCCGAACAUCAUCCUUGCCGUUUGUGCCGCCGACGUCGAUCUCGCCAAUUCGCCGGCUCUGCGCGCCAGCAGGCAGGUCGACCCACUCGGCCUGCGCACCAUCGGCGUCGUGACAAAAAUGGACCUCGUUCCGCCCGAAGUGGGCGCUGGAAUCCUCUCUAACAACAAGUAUCCCCUGGCACUCGGCUAUGUCGGUGUAGUGUGCAAGAAUAAUCUGGGCGUGUUUCAGAGCAGCAAAGGUCACGACCGCGCGACGGGAGAGGGCAGGAUGUCGAGCCUGGUCAUGAAGCAAGAGUCGGAUUACUUUAGCACCAAUCGCGAGCACUUCUGUGCACCCACGCGUGGACGAAAUGCGGGGGUCCAGCCCAUGACGGGGACUGAUACGUUGCGAAGGCGGCUCAUGUCGGUGCUCGAAGAGAGCAUGGGCUCCUCAUUGCACGGCAUCGCCAAUGCGGUUCAAGUCGAGCUCGAAGAGGCGUCGUACCAGUUCAAGGUGCAGUACAACGACCGAAGCAUCACCGCAGAGUCGUACGUUGCAGAGACCAUGGAUGCGCUCAAGCUGCGUUUCAAAGAAUUCGCGAGCAACUUUGGCAAACCCGAGGUGCGUGCGCUCCUCAAGCAGGCUCUCGACGAGAAAGUGAUGGACAUUUUGGCACAAAUGUACUGGAGCGAUGCACGAACGCCCGAGCUGUCGCAGCUCGCCGAUGCGAGAAAGGUGUCGCCGGAAGACUUGGACAAGUACUGGAAGUACAAGCUGGAUGCGUCUUCGUCAGCGUUGACCAAGUCCGGGAUCGGUCGGCUGUCGACGCAGUUGGUUGUCGAUUCGAUUCGAACCCAGAUCGAACACCUGGCGCAGUCAGAGCCGUUCAACCAUCAUCCGGAUGCGGCACAACGCAUUGUUGCCUUCAGCUCGGCCAUCUUACGUGAUCGAUUCGGUCUCACGGCCGACCAGGUCGAGAACUGCGUCAAGCCGUUCAAGUACGAGGUGGAAGUCGAGCCAAACGAGUGGGAAGCAGGGCGCCAGAGGUCGGUGCAACUGGUCGAACGCGAGAUUGGCAUGUGUGAUGCAGCUUUCAACGGCAUCAAAAAGGUGCUCGGUGGAAGACGGCUCCAAGGUGCCAUGGAGUAUGUCAAGCAUCUGGAGGAGCGCGAGCGAAAGCGCGUGCAGGCCAAGCUACGCGCACGCGAAGCAGCCGCAUCUACGGAAGAGGUUGACCAGGAAGACGAUAGCAACGACCCCACGCGGCCAGACUACAACUCGGCGCUGCUCAUCAAAGCGCGCGAAGCGCUGUUCCUCACGGAAAGAUCCAAGAUGCUUCGAACGCGUCUCUCGACGCUCUCCUCGAAACGGUGUCGUUCCGGACCGGGUGCUAAAGCGUUCUGCCCGGAAGCGUUGCUGAACAUUGUCGCGGAUAAACUAACGUACACGGCGGUGAUGUUUAUCAACAUUGAACUGCUGAGCGAGUUCUUCUACCAGUUCCCGCGCGAGAUUGAUGCGAAGCUGGUGUACGAUCUGGACAAGGCGGAAUUGGCCAAGUUUGCACGCGAGAAUCCGGGCGUUAAAAGGCAUUUGGAUCUGCAGGAGAGGAAGGAAAAGCUGGAGAUGGUCAUGGACAAGUUGGCCGAUCUGGUCAAGAUCUAUAACGACAAGAGCGGCAGGGACAAGCUGGGUGCGUCGAGUCGAUGGAGCUUUUUCUGA